AUGCAGUCGGGGAAUCUCUGGCGAGUUCUGGGACUCUGCCUCUUAUUAGGUGACCUAAAGCAGAUCUGGGAUUCAAACACAGGGUUUCUGACUCAGUCCACAUAUGAAGUCUCCAUCUCUGGAAACACUGUUAAGCUGACGUGCCCUAUAGAGUCUGAAGAUGACGUAAAAUGGAAAAUAAAUGAUAAACAAGUAGAAGGUCAUGAUAAAGACCUGUCACUGGAAAAUUUUUCAGAAAUGGACAACAGUGGUUAUUAUCAGUGCUACAUAACCGAAAGCAGCAGAGAGGAGGCACAUAGGCUGUACCUGAAAGCAAGAGUGUGUGAGAACUGCAUGGAGGUGGAUCUGAUGGUGGUGGCCACAAUCAUCGUGGUUGACAUCUGUGUCACUCUGGGCUUGCUGCUGCUGGUGUAUUACUGGAGCAAGAGCCGAAAGGCCAAGGCCACGCCUAUGACGAGAGGAGCGGGUGCUGGCGGCAGGCCCCGGGGACAGAACAGGGAGAGACCACCCCCUGUACCCAAUCCAGACUAUGAGCCCAUCCGGAAAGGCCAGCGGGACCUGUAUGCUGGCCUGAAUCAGAGAGGCGUCUGA